AGUCCGCCAAUUUGUUGACCAAUCGCACUGUCUUGUCACAACAACAAACACGCUCCCUAUCGGAUGUUUUUCGCCAGCAAGAAGACCGUAGUUCAGAAUUGUUUCUGCGCCCUGCACUUUCUUCAAACACUGGAAAUGACCUAAACAAUGGAAGUGGCAGAAUUAAAAGGUAACAAUGCUGAUGUACUCCAGUGUUAUCCAUUGUAUGAAAACAUAUCACAUGACCAACAGAUUGACCAGACAUUUUUCUGGAUGGAACAGUGGAGUGAAAAACAAAUUUGUGUCGCUGUUAGAGAAAUACUAUUUGUUAGUUCUUUGAAAUCCAAGAAAUUGAUACGCACAAUUUUGGAACCGUUGCUGCAUCGAGAUUAUACUUAUCACAAGUUUGAUAUACAUAGUUCAUUUUGUCCUAUUUCAACAUACAUAACUAGAGAACUGACUAGCAAGCUUGAAAGAGAUGUAAAUAGGAUGCAACAGAUAAAAGGAAAGUCAAUAUACAGAUUAAAAAGUGCACAUAUGAGAAACGAAGUAGACGCAAAAGCAUGGUCUGAUGAUUGUGUUUGCCCCAACAUGAAAACACUACCAUCUAGUUUUACAAAAAGUCAAAUACGGUCAAUGCCAUUGGUUGAAAAUCAUCCUAAAUCUAGGAAUCAGUGGAGUUUAAUUUCUCAUUCAAAAGACACUUAUGAAGUUUGGUUCAAUCCAAUUCAGUCGAAUGAUACACAAGAGAGAGUGCUACACAGCAAAGCAAAUUUACAUAGCAGACACAAAACUGCACCAAACCAACAUAUAUUUCAAAGCCCUUCCAAAUUUACUUUUUCACGGAGAAGCAAAACAAUUUGUCUGCCUGCAAUAAAAACAGCUCCAGCUUGUUUUUCCAGAAAAUAUAAAUUGGCCAAUUCAGAUGAAGAGAUCUUUAAUAGAUUACCCCUCAGUUUAAAAACAUCAAAGAGACACAUGGAAUUAGGUUGCUAUCCUGGAAAAAAAAUGCAAUCUCAAAAUAACAUAAAGCGAAGGCAACAGUUUAAUAAAGCAACGUCCUUGCAACAUUUUUUGUAUCAAAAGUUCCAGAAAUCACAAGGGAUUGGUUUUAAAGAACAAUUAAAUACAAUAAAUUGUUGGUUUCUCACAUGGACAUGUGGGCAACAAGAUGAUUUUCUUAAAUUAUUUCUAAAGAUACUCUCUCCAUCACAAAUAUAUUACCUGUAUGCCUCUUUAAUGGUUCGGUUGCAUUGCGACAUCAUCUCAUUGUUGCCAAAAGAUUUAUCAAUAAGAAUAUUCAUGCACUUGAAGCCAAAACAGGUUAACUUGUGUACCAAGGUCUGCACAAAAUGGAGAGAUCUGGCAAUUCAUGAUACUAUUUGGAAAAAAUGGUGUAAGGUCAAAAAAAUAAAGUUGCCAGAUCAUAUUAAAUGUACAUCUUACAGAGAUGCUUAUUUAUGGUAUUUAAAAGUUAAACAGAAUUGGAUUGAUCGAAAAUUCUCAGCAUACGAAUUAACAAAUGAAGUGGGAAGUGUCACCUCUGUUGAUUUGUUUGGAGACUUGGUUGCUUCUUCAAACUCUGAUAAGACCAUAAGAAUAUGGCAGCUUAGUAAAAAACAAUGUGUCAAAAUUUUAGAAGGCCACCAGAAAUUGAUAUGGUGUGUCAAAUUUAUAUCGCAUAAUUUAUUGGCCAGUUGUUCGAAUGACCAAACAAUUAAGAUCUGGAAUAUAAAAGACAAAACAUGCACAAGGACACUGAUAGGGCAUACUGCUGCUGUGUGGUGUCUAGAUGUGGAUGCUUCUUUACUUGCUAGUGGCUCUGCUGACAAAACAGUAAAAUUAUGGAACUUACGAAGCUGUUCAGUUAUUUGUUCAUUCAAUAUUCUCGGUGGAGUGCAUUCUAUCUCGAUAAGUAACACCUCACAAAAGAUAUUUGCUGGCACAAUUAAUAGGACUGUUUGUGUAUGGAAUAUAGCUACAAAGACAUGUAUUGUGAGCUUUCAAAUGACGACUAAGACUUCUUCAAUAACUCCUGUGACAAGUCUGUCUCUCAACAAGGGUUUGGUUUUAUGCGCUUGUGGCACUGAUCUUCAGAUAUGGGACACAGAUAACUAUGCUCCAAUUUUUACGAUUGAUCAAGCUCAUAAGGACAGGAUUGAAAGUGUCAAAAUGCAAUUGAUGAUGAAGUCAAAAGAGAAUUCGAAAAGCACAACAUCAAAAAGUUUCAAAGAGAAAUACAAAGGAAACAUCGUUACUUCAAGUAAAGAUGGGGUGAUAAAAAUAUGGAAUAUGCUAAACAUUAGAUCGCCAGAUGUAAUAGCAGCUUGUGAAGAACCAGUGACUUGCAUAAAAUUUGAUGAUUCUAAAAUUGUUUGUAGUCGACAAGAUGGCAUGAUCAGUGUUUACGAAUUCACAAUUUAGAAAAUGAAAAUAGCAAUGCAUAGAAAUUAAAUUUUGAAAAAGAUGUGGGAAUAAAAGUUACUUAAUUUUAAUUUUAAGUUUGAAGUCUUUUAUAUUAUAUGAGUUAAUGUCUGUCUUGACAGAAAGGUAGUCCUUAUUGCACACUAUCAAAGGAAUGUUCUUUUACCAAGUUUUGUUAUGUAAAAUAAUUUUGUGACUACUAAAACGUGACAAAGUCAAGGCGAAUAUCUUGUAGCAUUAUGCAACUUUUAAAGACUUGCAUACCUAUAGACUU